CACGGCCCGCGCACGCACCCACGCACCCAUCCGGUUGCCAACCCAUCCCCCGACCGACGCCACCCCACAUACAUGCCGCCGCCCAGCCUCACCGCCGCCGGCACCACCACCACCACAACCCGCCGCCGCAACGACCGAGCCGCGAAGGUCCACCAGGUACUGGGCGAAGGCGCGGGGACGGAGGAGAUGGGCGCGGUGGCGGACGGGUGGACGCGGCCCGAGUGGUGCUCGGCGGCGGGCGUCGCGGGCGUGCUGCGGCGGCACCCGGCGCCCGCGCUCUUCGGGUGCGGCCUCCUGCUCUUCAUGGCCGUCGAGUACACCAUCCCCAUGGUCAAGCCGGACGCGCCGCCGCUCGACCUAGGCUUCCUCGCCACCGCGGGCAUGCACGCCGCCAUCGCCGCGAGGCCCUGGCUUAACUCGCUCCUCGCCGCGCUCAACACGGUCUUCGUCGCGAUGCAGGCGGCGUACAUCCUGUGGGCCAUCCUCGCCGAGCAGCGGCCCCGCGCGGCCGUCGCCGCGCUCAUGAUGUUCACUUGCCGGGGCGUGCUGGGCUGCGCCACCCAGCUCCCGCUGCCGGAGGAGUUCCUGGGCUCCGGGAUGGACUUCCCCGUGGGCAACGUCUCCUUCUUCCUCUUCUUCUCGGGCCACGUCGCGGGCGCGGUGAUCGCGGCGGCCGACAUGCGGCGCGAGGGGCGGCUGGCGCCGGCGCGCCUCUUCGACUCGCUCAACGUGCUCCAGGUGGUCAGGCUGCUCGCGUGCAGGGGACACUACACCAUCGACCUGGCUGUUGGCGUCGGCGCGGGCAUCCUCUUCGACACGCUCUCCGGAUGGUACUUCGACGCCAAGAACGGCGACAGCAGCAACGCACCGGAGAAGCAGUGCCGGAGCUGCCAGUGCCACAAGGCCCUCCUUUCACACUAGUAGUACUAUUAUAUUUUGCUAGCUCUGCAAGUGCCAACCAUCAACGGCCAAGUGAGCAUUGAUAGCUAAUUCGUGUCAUUUUUUUAAGUUUCUUCUCUUUUAUGGAAUCAUUUUGGUGUAAGAUAAUGUAUCCAAAUGCUACUUACGGAUAUGUAACUGUACAAAUUGUUCGCCCGGUGCGACCUGUAACAUUUUUAUCUGAAGUUUGCAAGUAGAGGACUAGACUAGGC